GGAAACUAGCUUUGGACCAAAGUCUUGGCCACACGGCCCACACUUAACGUAUUUCCUAAUUUGGGUUUUACCAACCCAACCCCAUUAAAACGAUUUAAAGCGCUGUGGUAUUGCCUCGCCAUCCUCGCGCCCUGCGCAACCCAAUUUGCUUUUUCGAAAUUUUGCGCAAUCCGAUUGGAGUUCGUUUCGCUCCGUCUCAACGUUUCUCUGUACAUUUCUUCGGCAUUGGUGGGAUCAACAUGCUUACAGGAUUAACUACUGGGACCCACAUUCAGCCCGAAGUAGUCGGAAUCUGUCAUACAAGGCAAAUUCCUGGUUUAAAGCAUGCCCCGUUGUGCUUUUCAAAUGCGAAGUUAUGUAGCAAGAAAGUUAUUACUUGCAGAGCUAUCAAGGCAGAAGAUGUAACCUCGAAGCACGAGGAACACAAAAAGAACAGGCCUUUAGUUAAGAUGUGUGGCAUUACCUCUGCUAGAGAUGCAGCUUUGGCAGCAGAAGCCGGUGCUGACUUCAUUGGGAUGAUUAUUUGGCCCAACUCUAAACGCUCUGUUUCACUUUCUGUUGCAAAGGAGAUUUCAAUAGUUGCAAGAGAGUAUGGGGCGCAGCCUGUUGGGGUAUUUGUGGAUGAUGAUGCAGAGACAAUAUCAAGAGCCAAGGAUGCAUCCGACCUUGAAUUUGUUCAGCUUCAUGGAGAUGGCUCCCGAGCGGCCUUUCCUGCAUUAGUUGGAGGGCACCGUAUAAUCUAUGUUCUUCAUGCUAAUGAAGAUGGAAGUCUUUUAAACCAGAUUUCCGCUGAACAAUGUUCUCUAGUUGAUUGGAUUCUCGUGGAUAGUGCAAAGGGUGGCAGCGGUAAAGGAUUUGAUUGGACGCGGUUUAAGCUACCGAACAUUAGAAGCAAACACGGGUGGCUCUUGGCAGGAGGAAUAAAGCCUGAGAAUGCUGGUGAGGCUCUUUCUAUCCUCAAACCUCAAGGAAUUGAUGUGAGUAGCGGCAUUUGUGGCGCCUGCGGCAUCCAGAAGGAUCAGUUGCGAAUAUCUUCCUUCAUGAAUGCAGUUCAUUCAGUAAACUACUGAAUGAGAGCGUGUGUAAAGUCACCGUUUUGGGCCCUCUGUAAUGUUCGUUGUGCAAAAGUUUAAAUAAAGCAAAUGAAAUUACGAGAGAACACAAAAAAAUUUCAUGGUUCAAAAAUAUUGAUUUGGCAAUAAUGUUUGAGAAGCCGGUGUUUUUCACCCGAUUUAAUCACCAAAGGAUGUGUCUGUAACAUACUAGUAUCUUACUCAUUAAAAAUAAAUAAGAUAAAUUACAUUUUAUCUUCUCA